AUGUUAUUGGUGUGGCAAGCCACUAUCAAUGACAUUCAAUCCUCUAAACCCAUUAUCAUUCCUAGGUGGUACAAUAAUAAUUAUUCAAAUCAUGUUGUUGACUUGUCAUUGCAUGGAUUUAGUGAUGCCAGUAAUAUAGCAUUUGGUUGUUGUAUAUACUUGUUGUGUUCCUUUGAUGAUGAGCACAAAAUAUGUUCACUUAUAACUGCUAAGUCUAGGAUUGCCCAAAUUAAAAAUACCUCUAUUCCCCGACUUGAAUUAAAGGCAGCCCUAUUAUUAGCUGAAACUAUGUCAACUGUUAAAAGAGAUUUAUACCCUGUACUUAAAUUUAAACAAAUAGUCUGUUGGUGUGAUUCUACUAUAAUAUUUUUAUUUACAUCUGCUACUCCACGUGCUUUGUUUUUAGAUCUUGUUCCGGACACUUCUGCUGAAUCAUGCAUAAGAAGUUUACGGAGAUUUUUUGCGAAACGUGGCACACCUUCCAAAAUCCUCUCAGACAAUGGAUCACAAUUCACCUCCAAUCUUACUCAAAACUUUACUUCAUCUCUCGGUAUCACGUGGCAUUUCAACAUCCCCGCUGCUCCGUGGUGGGGAGGGUUCUUUGAACGACUAGUUGGAUCCACUAAACGCUGCCUUCGCAAAAUAACACAUAAAGAUCAGCUUUCAUACAAAGAACUGUUAAGAUUUCUUGCUGAAGUAGAAUCAAUAUUGAACAAUCGACCAAUCACGUUUAUGUAUGAAUCACCAGGAGACUUACCACUUACACCCAAUCAUUUAAUAUAUGGAAGAUCAACUAACUUUAAAGGUAUUAACGACAAAAAUUAUAAAUUAAACUUGAACACCCGAAGUACAUACAUAGAAGAUACAUUAAAUCAUUUUUGGCAAAGAUGGGAAAAAGAGUACCUAACCGAACUUAGAGAAUUCCACAAAUGUAAGCAAAAUAGAGGAACAAAUAAAAUAGCCGUCGGCGACGUUGUACUGAUUCACGACUCAGACACCAGACGAGGUAAUUGGAAGACAGGCAUUGUUCAGAGCCUUAGUAAAUCAUCUGACGGACUCAUCCGUGCUGCCAAAGUUAGAUACAUUAUGAAUGGAAAAACAAUGUACAUUCAAAGACCUGUAAAUAAACUGUAUUUAUUAGAAGCAUUAGACGCCCCUAUUGAAACAAUGAAGAUCAAUUUCUGCGAUGAAAAGGACAUAAAACAUUUCGUUAUACAUUAA